GUGCCGUCAUCGCGCCGCGCACGACGGACGAGCCGGGCCUCUCUGCCGGGAAUCUCGCUACUCUUAUGCCCCGUCCUAACUCUCGCUGGUGGCAGCUCCGAGAGAAAACGUUUGUCGACAUGCUUCGAGUGCUUUGUGUUGAGUGCGCCAGUCCUACUCGAAAGAAAUGUGCUUGGAAUACGUUCAUCUACGGUUUUCUCGGAGUGUGGACUAUUUCGGUUCUACAAUGUGCAGGUUCCCUAACGUACGAGCUGGCAGUGGCGGGAAGCGGCGCGGAGCUUCCGUGUAACGUAACUACGAGUCCUGACGACGAGUGGGCAGUGGCUUUGGUGCUUUGGUACAAGGACAACGCCUCUACACCUCUGUACACAUUGGACUCCCGCAGCGGGGACCUGAACACAGCAAGGCACUUCCCUGCAGAAUCCAUCGCUGGUCGAGCCCGAUACGAUGUUUCUCGUCAGCCCACGGUUCUUCGGAUGUCAGGAGUUAUGGAAUCGGACGCAGGCCAAUAUCGGUGUCGUGUGGACUAUCGGCAGGCACGCACUGAAAAUCAGCUCGUCGAACUUCGUGUUAUAGUGCCCCCUGAUGAAGUCAUUAUCGUGGACGAGUAUGGACAGCGGCUGAUGGAUGUCAUUGGACCGUACAAUGAAGGCUCCACGGUUCUAUUGGUGUGCGAAGCCGAAGGAGGGAACCCGCUUCCAGAAGUGACGUGGUGGAUGGACGACCAAAUCAUCGACGACAGUUUCACUGUGCUACCCCAGGGUUUUGUGCGAAACGAGUUAACCUACGGUCCUCUUCAACGAAGCGACCUCAUGACGCGCCUGGUGUGUCAAGGCUCUAACAACGACUUCAGCGUUCCUGUUGCCAGCGCUGUCACCCUCGACAUAUACUUGAAACCUACACGUGUCAAGAUAACCUCUUCUGCGCGGCCAGUGUCAGCUGGAGAACGAAUGGAGCUCCGCUGUCUCUCCGAAGGAGCCAAGCCUUACGCUCAGAUCACGUGGUUUAAGGAUCAUCAGCGUCUGUCCCACGCUCGAGACGAGGUCUCAAAAGUGGGCAACUUCACAGCAAGCAUUGUAACAUUUCCAACUACGCUAAAGGAUAACGGAAGGAAUGUUACCUGCCGAGCGGAUAACCCCCACUUGCCCAAGAGUGAGCUAAUCGAUGUCUUCAUCCUCAACAUACACUAUUCUCCACGACUCACUUUAACGGCAAGAAACGCCACAUUGCAAGAGGGUGAGGACGCCCUUCUGCACUGCACUGUUGACGCAAACCCCGUCCCCAACACGUUUUCCUGGCGAUUCAACGGUGGUAUCCUGGGUACAAGCAACACGAGCAUGCUGCAUCUCCGAGCAGUGUCCAGGGAUGACAACGGCGAAUACGAAUGUUUGGCUUCAAACAGCGAGGGAGAAGGUGUCAGCAACACUCUUCAUCUUUCGGUCCAGUACGCACCAGUGUGUAAAGAAGAUCUGAAGCGAGAACAUGGUGCAUCGCUGGAUGAGAUUGUUCGCAUCGCAUGUGAUGUGAAAGCGAAUCCUGAACAAGUGAACUUCGAGUGGCUUUACAACACGUCAGUUCGUUCGAGAUAUCUCAGUAGCUUUACGACAAACGGGACACGCAGUCUCGCGACAGUGAUACCUUCGAGCGAAGCCGAUUACGGUGCUCUGUACUGUUGGGCUUUCAACGCUGUUGGAAAGCAGAAGGCGCCAUGCUCAUUUAGGCUUAUACCUGCCGGUCUUCCUGGCCCGCCACAAAACUGCACGACAGUGAUCCUGAGCCGCGACACCGUGAUCGUGCAGUGCCGCAAAGGAUCAAGCGGCGGUCUGCCGCAGGUCUUUCACAUGGAAGUGUUUGACGUGCAGGCAGACGAACUCCAUAUCAACGUCAGCUCAACGGAGAUCCCCCACUUUCGGCUCAGUGGUCUGCCCAGAGACGUUUCUUUUGUUGCUUUGUUAUACGCUUCGAAUGCAAAGGGACGCAGCGCCCCUUUCACGCUCCGGUUUUCAACCGCUUUGCUCAAUCUCUAUCACACGUCCACCGAUCAAAACUCCAUGAAAAUUCUGAACCCUGUUUUGGGUUUCAUAGUCAGCUGUUGCUUGUUGGCGGCCUGCGCCUUUGCCGCGCUGUCUUUACGCAAGUGCAAGAGAAGGUCCGUUGUAGAAGAAAAAGACAUAAAAGAAGUUAUUCCUUUGGAGAAAUACUCCCCGGAAAAAGAUUUCAUGGAGCGGCCUAGAGACGUCGAGGGUAGAUCGCCAGAUUUGAUAUCCACACAAUACGCUGGUCUCGACCAGCCAGAUAUAGCAAAUACAGCCAGGAAAACGAUUACUGGUCAGGUGGAGAGGGAGCUGCCGUCCCCACACUGUUUACAUUCUUCAAAACGUAGUCCAGACGAGGCUGGUCGCAAGUCGGAUUUAGUGCGGUGGCUUCCCGGGGAUAAUGAUUUGGUGGAGGGCCUUCCUUCGCGGGUCGCAGCAGUUAGAAUUUCUUUAGACGGCGGCCCCGGUCACGUCUCUCCUUUAAAGCACGAUCUGGUUCCCGGGGGAAGUUUUCCAGCGCUUGAAACUGCUAUAGGGUGCAGCCAUCAACAAGACAUCUGGCGCCACUGACACGAGCGCGGUGCACCACCUGCUCACAGAACGAUGUGCCUAUAAACAAACACGCAUCCUGAGAACCCCAGCUGAAGGAGACAUACUGCUAUGCGCAAUGAGUGACAGCAACAACAUGUACGUGGCUACUGAACUAUUCUGUGAGCUGCAGCCUUAUCAAGCCAGGCUGAUGUGCCGUUCAACGACCAACUGUGAUCACGGUCUCGCCCGUAUUGAUGCUUCUCGUCUCUGUGUCAACCAAGUGACGGGUUAUUUUUGACAAUCCUGCACUACAACCAACGUGAAUUGUGUGGUGAUGUGCAGUUACCAAGGCUGUCCCGUUACGGCCAUAACGCAGAUGAUGUGCGGUUGACAUUAACGUCUUUGCUCACAAGUGUGCUUUCUACAAGCUGCGUCUGCAGAGAGGCGAUACUCUAGUGUGUCCGUGCGCAACAGUGAUGGUUCCCGUGAUUGACUGGCGGACCAAAGGCACAGAAUGUGGUUGACGGACCACCUGACAACAGCUGUGAUGAACCCUGUGUGAUAACUCCCCACUGGACUUACGCACUGUAGGGAGAUAGGAUGCCAGAAACUAUCUUUUCUACUAUUUUUCUUUCUCUUUCUUUUUGUUUCUAUUUACGCCGUCGCUCUACAUAUUCGUGAAAUCAUAAAUCAAUGUGUGAUGGCUGAGCCAGCGGAUGUUAGAGGGUGGCUUGCACAAAGCAAGGCGUCUUUAAUUUCAUAUCUUAUGCGCAAGCACUGAAUGCUCAGCAAUCGUUCCAUGUCAUGAAGGUACGUUACUAAUAAAAGAAUUAAACACAA